AUGGACACUGUGAAGAACACCACGAUGUGGUAUGCCGGCCUCUUGCUGCGCUUCAACGCCAUCUACCUCGCCAUCAACAGAAUUCUCGCUGUGGUGGAUGAGAUCCGUGAGGCGGUUGAUCUUGUUCAUCUCGUUAAUACGAUGAUUGACAUGGGCUUCGCAAUGUAUGCGGAAAAUGCAACGGAUGGGGAGAGAGUCCUCACCGCGGCAUUCGCAUAUGGGGUCCUUAAUACGCCAGAGCUUCGGCUCAAAAUCGUCACUACCAGCCACCGUUUUGUUGCUCUUCUAAUUGAGUGCGCCAACACUGUGGAGGGGCUGAAUCAGGACUACGGCUCGCCGAAAGGCACCUGGCAGUUCGUCCACGAGGACGAGCUGGUCGUCGGGCGGGAGGAGCAUCAAGAGAUGCUCGACAUUGUCGAACGACUAUCCGAUGGGAACAGCUCGGAAGAAUCGGAAUAA